UGGCGCGGGGCAUUGUGGGCGUCGGCGCAGGCGCACUCGCGGGGUCAUCAUGGCGGCCCGUGUCCUCCUGCUCUCCUCCACCUGCCUCCGCCGCCGGUGCUGCAGCGGGAGCCGCGGCUUCUUCUCCGCCUCCUCCUCGACGCUCGGACGUCUCAGCCUCCCGCUACCGCCCGCCUCCCGCCUCGCUUUCUUGGCCCCCCUCCUGCCGCCGGGACCCGCCAGGCUGACGCCGCAGGUGAAGAGCGCAGGCGGGAGCCCGUCCGGUGCAGCGCAGGGUUGGGCUUUGCAGGCCGCCCGGGAUCCCGAUGCCGGGAUCCCGAUCCCGGGAUCCCGAUGCUGGGGAUCCCGAUCCCCAGCGGAUCGCGCAAGAUUCGGGGUUUUAUCGUUUUAUCGUUUUCCUGCUCCGCCUUUCAACCAACAAAUGGCUGAAAAUAAUGAAAUUAAUUAACACAGCUAAAGCUGGAUCAAGAAUAGCGACAAAGAACGGGGUCAAAACCUGAAGCAGCAUCGACUCCCCGCUGCAUGAGGGUGGUGCCUCCCCCUCGUGGCCCUUCUUGGCCUUUUACUGCUGCCAUGGGGAGAUGAUUCUGCUGCUGCUGCUUCCUUGGUGGGGUAGUCCCAGUUUCGUUUAUUCUUGCAUUUGUUACCACUUUGAGGUUUAAAUCUCUUUCCGUUGUUGUUUUUUGCAAUCAAGCGGUAUGUAAAUUUUAUGAAAUAAAUAAGUGAAUCUAUGUAUGUGCUACGCCUCCCCUCCAAGGAGCUCAAGGUGGCAAGGAUGGUUCUUCCAUCUCGUUUUAUCCUCACAACAGCCCUGUGAGGAAGGAGAGAGAGAGAGAGAGAGAGAGAGAGACCAAGACCAGCCCAAUGUUGCCCAGUAAGCUCUGUGGCUGCGUUGAGGAUUUUGAACUUUGAGGUCUCCCUGGUCCUAGUCUGGGCACUGAACCACACUGGCCCUGGAUUGUAGGCUGGGCUUCCUUCACAAGCGCAAGGUGCUUUGCCAUGAAAUGGGAGAUUUUAUGUGCACACCAAGGCAGCAAAUGCCCAGUGGAAAACCCCUUGCACUGCCCUCCCUGCUUUUGGAGUUCCCUGUGGCAUCUGAUCCCUAGGAAUUAUAUUCUGAGACUCUGCUUUUCAGCCAAAGUUGUUUUUUUGAAGGUGCAUUUAGUUUGCCAUAAAUUUUAGGGCUUGAGAAUGAUCUGUCAGGCUCAGAUUUUCAGGAGAUGUGUUUCAAAAUCAAACAUGCACAUUGCAGUGUCUCCAUCUAUGAAUAUCUGGGGAGCUUUAAUGACCAGUUCUUUUUAGGUGUCACCUGUAAAGAGUUAGUAUUUCAGGUGAGGGUGCUGAGGAUAUUCCCAAAUCAUGAAAAACAUAUCUCUGGCUUUUCCUAUAGGUCUCUGGAACGUUGCUUCAAUUAUGUCGUCAUUACUCUGAGAUGCCUCCAUUGACCCUGGAUAACAUCAAAGAUCGAGUUCUUUACGUCCUGAAACUGUAUGAUAAGAUAGAUCCAGAAAAAGUGAGUAACUGUGUUGCAGCUUCUGUUUUGACCCUCUUUUUCUUGAGUCCCAGAUUCUUCAUGUGUAUGAUUAACAUACAUUUUGCACUGGAGCAAACUGCACCUUUGAAUGAACCACAAAGGUGUGUUCCCUAUCUUCCUAAAACUUUGUGCCAGCCCAAACAGGUCAUCUGUUAUGGCCAUAGCAGAUGAUAGGAAGAAAGUUGUCUCUCUGGCUUAAUGAAACAAGUGAGCAUCCAGACACCAAGAGGAAAUAGGAAAUGAACAAUAAGGGGUGGGGGGAAUUUCACUUUAAGAUUGUCCAGUAAUGGGAACAAAGUCAGAACAAUGUUCUGGGUGGAGUGGAGAGAAGACCUCUAUAUGUAAUAAAACCCAAAUCUCCCUGGAGUCUUUGGCCCCUAUUUUCUUACUUUUGACAUUAUUUUGAUGGUUAUUGACAUUGUCCGUUAUACCAUAAUUUGGGGUUUUCUAUUUUGUCUUCCAGCUCUCGGUAACUUCCCACUUCAUGAAAGACCUGGGCCUGGACAGCUUGGACCAAGUGGAGAUCAUCAUGGCAAUGGAAGAUGAAUUUGGUAAUGUGUUUGAUGUAUGCAAAUACAUCUCAAGAUGUGCCUGUUAGAAUGUCACAAGGUCAGAGUGUGCCUGCUGUGGAGCUCAGUCUUAAUUGAGAAAAAACAGAAUUUAAUACAUAACAAAGUAACACUCCUGGGCAGUUGCUCUGAGCAUCUGAGUUAGACAGGCCUGGAAUGCAGAUGUUUUCAUCUUCCAUAACAUUGGCAACAGCCCACCUAGUGUGCCCUUUGAUGUCUCUGCCACAGUGUCAGGGAACAUCAACUCUGUGGCAUUCCUUUGGCAAAGCAGUCUGGGCAUUCAUUCUAGCAGGGAUAGCCAACAUGCUGCUUUCCAGAUGUUGCUGUGCUGUUCACCAUCUCUGACUGGGCUGGGGCUGCUGUGAGUUGUAGUUUAACAACAUCUGGAGAACACCAUGUUGGCUACUCACAUCAUUAUACAAACUGCCCAACUAGGCUUUUAAUGUGACAAUCCUUUCAUUCUCCUUAGAUAUGCACACAUUUCCCUUUUCUCUCUUAUUUGACCUUUUAGUAUAAAUUUACACUCACUUAGUUUCUCUCUAUAUUGGUGUUUCCCACAGUUCUCCAUGGCACAUCGGUCAUUACACCACUUCCUUGCUUAGGCUCGCCCAUCUUGCACUGCUGUGCAUACUGAUAUGUGAUUUGGACUUGUAGGAAUUUAUACCAGGUCAGAUUAUAUUUGUCUUUCAAGUCCAGUAUCAUCUACUCUGGCAGCAGCGCUCCAGAGCCUCCGGCAAAGAGAGACAUCCCCAUCAGCUGUUUCCCUGGUCCUUUUAAGUGCAGAUGCCAGUAGCUGAAUUAGGGACUACCUUCAUCUAGAAAAAAAGGGGGGGCACUGGGUUGUGGUCCAUCUCCAGUUGCAUUUCUGACAAGACUACUGGAAAAAGAUGGAGCUCAUGCAUUUUAGCAUAGCCCAGCUUGCUGAACUGCCUUCACUGAUAUAAGGGGCCUGGUACGUUACCCAAACUGCUUCUUCUUUGGUGAUCAUUUGUAGCCAUGUAAGAUUGUCUUCCAUUAAUAUGGUCUUAACAGUGAGUCUGUAGGUGACUGUGGAGGCCAAUUCUGGAUCCACACAUCCUUUCACAGUGGCGCCAUAGGUUUCCGGGUGAGAGUUGAUCACGGUGAGGAUUUGCCAAACGUGCCUUCCUCUUAGCACGUUUCUGCCUUUUAUCCCGAGUUUGUGCUUCUUCAAAUUACAUGACACCUUUGGUAGAGGCUGUUCUCCAGUUGGAGCGCUUACAGGCCAGUGUUUUCCAGUUGUUGCUGUUUAUACUACAUUCUUAAAGAUUUGGGGACCCAAACUAUAGUGAUGCUCAUUGGUAGUUGGAUAAAUUGCUUCUGUUAAAUUCCCUUUCCCUCCCCUUACUCUUUAGUAGCACUUUAAGCAGUUUCCGGGAGAAUCUCAUAAGCAAUAAUGUGCUUACGAGCUGUUCUUGUAUGUUUACACCCUGACUCCCAGGGGACACAGAUCAUUCUGUUAACUUUCCUGCACUACAUGGCACCCCCUUUGCCCCUCCUUUGGAAAACUACAGCAUGAUCCCUUGUCUUGUUGACUGAGAUUCCUUCACCUCUGGACUAAACAGGCCACAUCUUUUUCAGGAUUUGAAAUCCCUGAUGUGGAAGCAGAGAAGCUGAUGUGUCCACAAGAGAUUGUAGAUUACAUUGCCGAUAAGCAGGACGUGUACGAAUAAUUGUUUGUGUUGAGCUGAGUAAGUAGAGACUCCUGCUGGAAGGAGUGUGCAGUGGUCUUGUGGCAGAAAACCUGCAUGGAGUGAUGCUCUCCUCAUUCAGAGGGCAUCUGAUGCAAAGGAAGCAGAAGAUGGACGUCUUGAGGAGGACUUCAUGCUCUUCUCACUGCAAAGGCAUCGGGCUCUGCUAGAUAGAGAAUCUUGGGUAGCUUGGAGCAGCCCCUGUUAAAACUUCUUUGGGAGGGUGGAUUAUUUGAUUCAUGUUUUGCUUGGGAAGGCCUUGGGAGCCUGCUGCCUCUCCUCGCUGGUGUUACUACACUUGCUUGAGGACACAGCCUUCUAUCUGUGUCCAUAAGCCACCUUUCCAUGUUCAUGGAAUAAGCAACACGCAGCUGUGGGAAGUUACCCUGUUGCUAAGGAAACAUCAUCCCCCUGUGACGUCCUUUUGGAGUUGAGGCUACUGCAAGCUGGCCUAACACAUUUUGCCAAAUACAGAGGAACACAGCAAAGGUCCUGUUAUGACUAGGUAGCUGAAUGCCCCUAGACUAGAGCUUUUCCGGAAAAGGGAGCACUUUUUCUAAAGUAAAAUGCAAGGCAAAGUGCAAGAAGAGUAAGUGAAGGCUGUUCCAGAGUGGAGAGGAAGCAAUAACUGGCAUUGGAAGUUGAAAAGGUGACUAGGGGUGGGGGUAGAAUGAGAGAUUGAGUUUUAGCUCUAUAACAACCUCCCUUUUCUUUAUGAUCAGUCAAAACCAUGUCAAAAGGAAGUGGAACCCCCUAGUUUAUAAGGAAGUAUUUCACUGUGUGUAUUACUUCUCGGUGAUCUUUUUGAGUUUCUAAACCAUACGUGUCUCCCUCUCCCUUCCACAGGUGACUUUGUUCUGUCGUGAGGGCUAGGAUGAUGUCAGCAGGAAGAGGGGACCGUGUCAUGGAAGCUCUGUGCUGUAUUGAAUCACUAUUACGCUCAGAGGAAUAGUCCUGUUGGCUGCUGUAUUUAAAGCUGUGUAAUAUAUGUUGGCCUCCAAAAUAAAAAGACUGAUACUGAC